AGUCUCUGAUUUCACUCGCCUGCCGGUGCCAGGUGAGCACUCUGUCUCUACGCAUUCUCUGAUCUUUUCUGUGCCUAGCUUGUGAAUUCCUGAAAUGCUACCGUGAAUUGUUUCCUGUUGUCACACAGUGUGUUUAGGCAUGGCGGAAAUUGCAGGUUCGGCUGUUGUGCAGGAGACGGUGAUCUAGCAGGGCCGUGUCUUUCGUUCUCAGCAAGCGCGAGGAGAAGACCGCGAGAUGGCGCACACCGAGCUGGAGUUCGCGUUGGAAAGAUCCAGCAAGCUGCCCAUCACCGACACAUCGUUGCUUCGUCGGCGGAGGAUGCUGAAGCGCGCCCACGAGGAGUGCCGCCAAGUUCUGUACAGACACAAGCUCGUGAUACUCCAAGUUCAAGAGACUGAAGAGACCGACAAGUCAAGGGUAAAACCUCCCUACUCUUUCCCUGCUCCUGGAAAGAUCAUUCGUGCCGUCAAAUCGUAUUUCUUCAGUCCGCCGGGCAUGGAUGAGUUGAGCUGCUCUCGUGUCGUUGGAAGGUUCGAAUGGUUCGCGGACAAGGCCGGUAAGUUUGUGAGGGAAGUGGAGUCUGGAUGUUCCCUCGCCCACUACAGGUUUAUCAACCCUCUCGUCGCGCAACUUCUCCAAGGGAAAAAUCUGAAAUACGACAAGGCGCAAGGAAACCGGAAGUGUCAUCUUAUGAUCGAACCUGCGCGUUCGGAAGAGCACGGUGUAGUGGCAAUGCUAUGGCUUCGUACCAAAGAUAGCAAGAUGCCAACGUCAAGUUUCAACUUAGUUCUGAUGCUACGACUAUCAGAAAGCACAGAUGCAGUUGGGAUUGCCACUGAUUGUUUGCUGUCGCUCGGGCCUCAGUUCCGGUCGUCGGCUCAAGUUGUAGCUGGAGAAUUCGCUGAGAUGCCCACAGAAGACGUUUUCCAUCACCCUUCAGCAAUUGCGGGGAUCCCGUUGAAGCUGAACAUUUCUGUUGGACUUUAUCGCCCCGAUCCAUUAUGUUGCCUAGCAGAUGGCCACAGGCCUUUUAAUUGUGCUGCUUUUCUUUUCCAAAAGGGGGCUCUCCGGCCUCUGCAUCGAAGCGAUGCACACAACCAAUUUAUUGCAAAUUUAAAACUUCUCAGUACAACAUUCACGAAUCACACAAAGUGA